AUCAUAAUGCCCCGCCUUCUCUGAACCAUUUACUAACAUCAACAAGGACAUCUGCCUCUCUUCAAACUAAUAAUUCCUCAAAGGACUCUGAGUUUAUACUACCUUUAGUUUCUCACAAGAUUUCUUCUGUCGUAGGUGUCUGCACUAAGUGUACCCACACUGUCUGGUGCACUAUAGCUUUAAGGCUGUAAAACUACAGCACGUGGAUUUAUUCACAGUUACGAACAGACGUUUUUACUGAAUACAGAGCCACUGGUGUUAUCGAGGAAUUCACAAUAUGGACUACCUGCCGGAUGAUAACUCCAGGUACAAAGACGUUGACUACUGGGAUGAAAGAUACCAGACGGAGCAGUGUUACGACUGGUUGGGCAGAUUCUCCAAAUUCCAGCACCUUCUGGAAAAACACGUCCAGAAAGAAGACGCCAUUCUUAUACUUGGUUGUGGAAACAGCAGUAUGAGCGGCGACUUGUACAGUGCGGGCUACCACUCCAUCAUCAACAUAGACUACUCCUCUGUGUGCAUCAGUACAAUGAGUGCCAGACACAGCGACUGCCCGGGAAUGACCUGGCAGCAGAUGGACGUGCGCCAGCUCUCCUUCCCCGAUGAGUCCUUCGAUGUCAUCCUAGAGAAGGCCACGCUGGACUCCAUCAUGGUGGAAGAGAAGUCUCCUUGGGAGGUUGCACCUCACACAGCCUGUUUCAUUCACCAAGCACUCACAGAGAUUAGUCGCUGCUUGAAGCCAGGAGGACGGUUUGUCUCUGUAACCUUCGCCAAUCCCUUCUUCAGGAAACGCCUCUAUGCUCGCACUGAGUACAACUGGUCGAUUAAGAAGUACAGUUAUGGAGAAGGCUUUCAAUAUUUUGUGUAUGUAAUGACCAAAGGAGAGGAGCUUAGCUCAGAAGAUGCAGCUCUGGAGAAGAAGCUACUGGAGGACACCAAAUUCCCAUCAACCACGAUCGCCACAACACAAAAUGAGAACGAGGAAGACUUCCUGUCUAAUAUUGACUUAACAUAACUGGAUGAUCUAAAAUCAUUUUUUAACUUUACUGUUAUGUGAUUUUGUUAGAAUGAUGUGCUAUGUAUUUGUAGUUAGUUUGCAUAGACAAUUGUUAUAUUCUCAAAGUAGAACUGGAGACAGAAACAUAACAACUGGGGGGGGGGGGGGGGGGGACAAAAAAACGUUUUCUAGACUUUGGGGGAAUUGGGAAAAAAUGGUAGUGCCAAUUAAUUAAAUAAAUAAAUAAAACAAAACACUAUAAAUAACAUAUUUUGGAAAACAAAAACCCAAGCACAAGACAACAGCCAAUACACCUAACAAAAAGUAACCUACAUGUAUGAAAAUAUAGACUACCCAAACUGACCUUGGACCUUUCCCCAUCACUUAGCUCUUAAUGUUACAACAAAUACAGAAAAGAUAACUUCCAAAAUCCAGAGCAACUUCAAUUUAACACUUUAAGACAAUGUCUAUGCAGAAUGAAUCUUUUGCUGGAAGUCUACUCUUAUAAAUCCUUCCAUAAGCAUUGUUUUCUAUGUGUUUUUAUAUCAUUGUAUUGUUCAUACAUUCAGUUCAACUGGAUUGCAAUGAUUUGUGGUUAUGCUGACUCAUCGCGCCAUGGAGCUGCUUCUGUUCUAGUGCAGUUCAUAAUAAAAACUUUAAUCUUUUAUAAAUCAAUUUUUCAUCCCAGUGUCCUUAACGGCUCUGUCUGCCUAUAUAUCGGAUUGGACAGUAUCUCAUUCUGUGGCGCAGCACAAGCCGGCCAGUGUUAUGCAAUUUGCACGACAAACAGGCUCGUCUAGACAUGGUACAUAACAGCAGCCCUGGCCUGCAUGUAAAGUCAGUGUUAAGUCUAUUAAUAUGUCAGUCAGAGUCUCUCCUUCUGUUGGGGUUGUCUCCAUCUAUCCCAUGUCUGCUUUAGAUUCCAGACAAAAGCUGCUAAUGGAGACACGCAGUGUUUGACACACAGCGCUGCGUGUGGACACGUACACAUGUACAUAGAAGUAAUAGCCCACCCUGCUUGUUAUUUGUUGAGGAAACAUGAGAUGAGUCUCGGGUCCUGUGCUCUCUGCUGCUUAAAUUUAGACCAGAAGAGGAGAGAGAGAGAGAGCCAGGCAUGCAGACAGGCAGGAAGGCUGGUGACUGCAGGGGGGGGACCACAUUGAUAAAGUAGAAAUCAUUUAUUUUUAAUUCUCCACUGAGAUCUAAUUACCGUCUAUUUUUAGGACUUGGAGGAAAAAUAGGUGUGUGAUUUUUCACUCUUCUUUUGUUCCAUGACUUUCUGCUGGUGUAACGUCGUAGUUUGUUUAACUUUGACCACAAUGUCUAUUUAGUAGCUGUUCUGGAGCUUUUGAACGUUUCAGACGACAACUGUUAGACGACCCCCCCCCCCCCCUGUGUUACUGUUGCUACACUUGAUGAAGUUUAUGUUCUCACAGGGCACAUAUGCAGUUUUGUGGUGGGAUUGUUUUGUAUCAAGUAAUGUUUCCAAAGUCAAGAAUGAAUUUUUAAUCUCAAUCUGUUGUGCUCUGAAAUAAGAUUAAAAAACAAACAAACA